AUGGUGCGCUUCAAGCGCGUGGGCAAGAAGAGGAAGGACGCAGCAUCCGGCAAUGCGCCGCCGCCGGGCAAGCCGUCCUUCCUGCUGCUGCGGCGCGGCGUGGCCGGUGCCGAGGACGGAGCAUCCCUCUUCCGCCGGCGCCCGGAGAGGAAAUUCAAGCCGCGGGCACAGGUGCUGAGCAAGGCGGCCGCCGCCACGGGCUGGUUGGCACGGAAGGUGCUGAGCCGGCGCGGGAGGCUGGUGGGGGGCAGCCGAGCCACCGACACGGCCUGGUUGUCCCGGAUCGGUGCCAAGAAGCUGCCGUUCCCUGCGGAAGACGAGAUCCUCCGGCACCGGGCCAACAUGAAGCGCAUCCCCGGUGGUGGUGGCGGUGGUGGUGGUGGUGGUGGCAGGGUGUCGCGGCACGGCAGCAUGGCGCGGAGGCCAUCGCGGCGGCGUUCGCAGCGCGCAUCCACCAAGGCGUCGGUGCCGCGUUAUGGGUGGGCUGAGGAGGAGGAUGGAGCUUACAGGCACCGGCGUGGGUACAGCAAGGAGGAGGAUGGAGCGUAUGGAUCCCGCCGGGGCUAUGCCAAGAAGGAAGAUGGAGCCUAUGGCCGCUGGCGUGGGUACAGCAAGGAGGAGGAUGGAGCCUAUGGUCCUCAGCGCGGCUACGCUGAGGAGGAUGGAGACUACGGCCCGUGGCGUAGCUACAGUGAGGAGGAGGAUGGAGGCUACGGCCCUCGGCGUGGCUACACUGAGGAGGAGGAAGGCUAUACCCAAGCCCCAGCCUACCCUGCAGCAUACGGCUAUGAGGACGCGGGGCCGAGCCCCUACUCUGACUACCCUGGCUAUGAGGCAGAGCAGGAUUAUGGCUUCUAUGGGGGGGGCUGGGAGGAGGGAGACCCCCAGGGACCCCCCUAUGGCUACGCGGAGCUGGGGGACGAGGGACCGUUUGGUGGCGGGUCCCCCCUCGCCCUCUACGACCCCUACGGCAGCGACCAGGAGUACGGCGAGGACACGGUGGGGCCUUUUGGCUACAGGGGGGACCCCUACGAGGACUUCGGGGACCCCCUCUCGGGGGGUUACCCUGGGGGCGAGUACCCUGAGCACCGCAUCCAGUACAGCGAGGGGGGGUGGGCACCGCAUGCCCAGUCCUGCAACCCCUAUGCCCUGGGCCUGGAGGAGAUCGCGGAGGCCGGGGAGCCUGAGGAGUGGGAUGAAGAGGAGGAGGAGGACAAGGAGUACCCCUUCUCCAUCCUCAGCGCCUCCUCGCUGCGGGGCAUGCGGGAGACGCUCUCCUCCAAGCUCUCCCUCAAUCGGAAGUUCCGGCUCUUCCCCCGGCCUCAGGUGAAGCUUUUCGGCAGGGACCGCCUCGAUGUCCCCCUCCCGCCGUCCCCCCAUCUCCCCCCGGCCCGUGAUGACGAUGACUACGAUGAGUACGAGCCUCCAGCACCAGCAGCACCCCCCCGGGGCCGCCUCCUUGCUGCAGCGCGGGCGUGCGGGAGCCCCUUGGGGCAGUUCCUGCAGCGCUCCCUCUCGCAGCCCCCCAGCCGCCCUCCGCGGGCUGCAAUGGGACCCCGGGACCCCCGCGCCCCACAGCCCUCCUAUAGGCGCUCUGGCCGCAGGAUGGAAAGCGCCGCGAUGGGGACCCGGGACCCCUCUUCCCCACCCAGGGACCCUUCCCCACCAGCGGGGUCCUGGGGCCCGCUCCGGCUCCCGUCCCUCCGUAACCCCUUCGCCAGCGCGGGGCGCUCCCCAUCGCCGCCCCCGGCCCGGCAGCGCCCCGAGCCCCCUCGGCGCUCCCCUUCCCUCGGGGCCAGCAUCCGCCGGUUCGGCCCCGAGCCCCCGGCCCCGCCGCCAUCCGCGCCCCGCUCCCCGGGCCCCGGGGGGAGGCGUUUGGGGGUGCCCGCGGCUGGGCCGGGGAGAUCCCGGUCCUUCCGGCAGAGCAGCCCCCCCGGGCUGCCGCUGCCCCAGGCCUGGCCCCGGCUCCCCGAGCCCCCCACCAAGGCUGUGAAGCCGCUGCAGAGAUCCCCCUUCAUGGCACCGACCUCCCGGCCCGGCAGCCGCCGCCUCGGCCCCUCUUGGGACGCGGAGCUGCCCCCCUGGCAGGGCGCUGCUGUUGGGGCGCCCCCGCCACCCAGCCCCGCUCCUGGUACCCCCAAAACCUUCAUCCAGCGCAUCGGGCAGCCCCUUGCCGGCAUGGCCCCGCGCUCCCCCCCGGCCCGGCCGUCCCCUGCCGAACCGAGCAGCCCAAUACGCUCCAUGGGGCAAUCCCUGGCAUCGCUGCUCGUGAGGAGCAUGGCCCCUUCUGCAGCCCCCCCAUCCCCACCGCCCGCCCGCCGCCUUUCCUCCCGCUCACCCUCCUCUCCCCAGCGCCCAUCCCGGCGGGACGGGAGCACCCAUAGAUCACCGAGCCCCCCCUCCCCGGGGCGCCGGGGCUGGACCGACACCGGGCGCCCCAUGGUCCCGUCCGUGCCUCGCGGGGACCGCAGCCCCUCACCGCAGCGUCACGCCUCUUUCCCAUCACCCCACGGCAGAGCCCCCGGCUCCCCGGUCACCCCCCGCCGUGGUCCCCUUGGCCCGGAGGCCGCCGAUGGGGAUGUUUUGUCCGGGGAGGAGGGCGCGGGGCGCUACGCGGUGGUGACGCCGCAGGUGCAGAGGUUGGGCUCCUUCCGACGGGCGUCCCGCAUGUACAAGCAGCACUGGUCCGCGCAGCACGUCGUGCGGGUGCGGGAGAUGCCCGACGCCUGGACGGCAGAGCAGGGCCCCCCCCAGCUGCCCUCCCAGCGCGGCCGGCGGUGGGCGAGCCAGCGAGGAGCCGACAUCGGCCGGUACCUGAGCCAGCGCUCGCCGGGGGGCGGCUGGAGGGACCGGCACCCCUGGGCGGACGGGUACCUGGGCAGCAAGCAGCCCUGGCGCAGCAAGAUGCAGUCGCUGUGCAGCCUGCCCAUCAUGCGGUACCAGGAGCCACAGGAGGAGGACGGGCUGGAGGACAUGACCCAGCUGGAGGACCUCCAGGAGGCUGCGGUGCUGAGCAACAUCCGGACACGGUUCGAGCGCCAGCUCAUCUAUACCUACAUCGGCAGCAUCCUGGUGUCGGUGAACCCGUACCGGCUCUAUGACAUCUAUGGCACAGAUCAGGUCCUGCAGUAUGAAGGCAGAGCCCUGGGCGAGAACCCACCGCACCUCUUUGCCAUCGCAAACGUCGCCUACUACAAAGUGAUGGAUGCCAAUCACAACCAGUGUAUCGUCAUCAGUGGGGAGAGUGGCUCAGGAAAGACUGAAGCCACCAAACUGAUCCUGCGGUACCUGGCAGCCGUCAGCCAGAAGCGCAGCACUGCCCCACAGAUAGAGAUCCUGGAGGCGACCCCCUUGCUGGAGUCCUUUGGCAAUGCCAAAACCGUGAGGAACGAUAAUUCCAGCCGGUUUGGGAAGUUUGUGGAGAUCUUCCUGGAGGACGGUUUGAUCUGCGGUGCCAUAACCUCGCAGUACCUGCUGGAGAAGUCCCGUGUGGUCUUCCAGGCCAAGAGUGAGCGCAAUUACCACAUCUUCUAUGAGAUGCUGGCAGGGCUGCCCGCGCAGCAGCGGCAGCGGUACUGCCUGCAGGGCGCCGAGACAUACUACUACCUGAACCAGGGAGGGAACUGUGAGAUUCCCGGGAAGAACGAUGAGGAGGAUUUCCAUCGCCUGCUCAACACCAUGGAAGCGCUGAGCUUCAGCGUGGAGGAGCAGAACAGCAUCUUCCGCAUCCUCUCCUCCGUCCUCCACUUGGGCAACGUCUACUUUGACAAAUACGAGAGUGACUGCCAGGAGGUGGCCAUGGUGGUGAGUGCCGCGGAGAUCCGGACGGUGGCUGAGCUGCUGCAGGUGUCCCCCGAGGGCCUGCAGAAAGCCAUCACCUUCAAGGUGACGGAGACGCUGCGGGAGAAGAUUUUCACCCCUCUGACUGUUGAAAGCGCCGUGGAUGCCAGGGAUGCCAUUGCCAAGACCCUCUACUCCCUGCUCUUCGGCUGGCUCACAGACCGCAUCAACAGGCUGGUGUACCCGCGGCAGGAGGCCCUCUCCAUCGCCAUCCUGGACAUCUACGGCUUUGAGGAUCUCAACUUCAACAGCUUUGAGCAGCUCUGCAUCAACUACGCCAACGAGUACCUGCAGUUCUUCUUCAACAAGAUUGUGUUCCAGGAGGAGCAGGAGGAGUACCUGCGGGAGCAGAUUGAGUGGAAGGAGAUCCCCUUCAGUGACAACCAGCCCUGCAUCGACCUCAUCUCCCAGAAGCCCUAUGGAAUCCUGCGCAUCCUGGAUGACCAGAGCUGCUUCCCCCAGGCCACCGACCACACGUUCCUCCAGAAGUGUCACUACCACCAUGGGACGAACCCGCUGUACACCAAGCCGAAGAUGCCACUGCCCGAGUUCACCAUCAAGCACUACGCAGGGAAGGUGACCUACCAGGUCCACAAGUUUUUGGAUAAGAACUAUGACCAGGUCCGUCAGGAUGUGCUGGACCUGUUCCUCAGCAGCAGGACCAAGGUGGUGGCCAACCUCUUCUUCGGCCAUGCCCAGGUGAUGGCGCGGCAGAGGAGCCUCAUCAGGAGGAGCAGCACCAGGACCCGGCGGUACAAGGCUCCCACUGUGGCCGCCCGGUUCCAGCAGUCGCUCCUGGAGCUGGUGGAAAAGAUGGAGAGGUGCAACCCCUUCUUUGUGCGCUGUCUCAAACCCAACAACAAGAAGGAACCAGGGCUCUUUGAGGCUGACGUGGUCAGCAGCCAGCUGCGGUACUCAGGGAUCCUGGAGACCAUCCGCAUCCGCAAGGAGGGCUUCCCCAUCCGCAUCCCUUUCCUCGUCUUCAUCAAUAGGUACCGCUGCCUCGUUGACAUGUGGUCCAACGUCAUUCCCAACGGCUCCAACUGCGUGGAGAUGCUGAGGAGCCUCUGCCCCGUCAGCCCCAGCAUGUACUACGUCGGUGUCACCAAGCUCUUCCUAAAGGAGCAGCUGUACCAGGCCCUGGAGAGCAAGCGCUCUCGUGCCCAUCACUUGGCCGCGCUCACCCUCCAGCGCUACGCUCGCACCUUCUUCAUCAAGAGGCGCUUCCGCUCCCUCCGCAGGAAGAUCAUCCUCCUGCAGAGCCGGGCGAGGGGAUACCUGGCCAGGCAGCGCUACCGGCGCAUGCGGCGCACGCUCAUCAAGUUCAGGUCGCUGGUGCACAUCUAUGUGAACCGCCGGCGGUACCUCAAGAAGAAGGAGGAUGCCCGCCGGCGGGCAGAGGAGGAGAAGGAAAGGAUGAAGCAGGAGCUGACCAAGAGGGAGGUGGUGGACGUCACCCACCUGGAGAUCCCUGCCGAGCUCAUGGGGCUGCUGGAGGCCGCCGCAGCCGCCCGGGAGGUGAACGCCGGCUGCGUGGUGCUGGUGCCGCCGCCGGCGCUGCAGCCCGACUCGCAGCUCACGCUCCCGCUCGACAUCAACGAGUACCCCAUGGCCAAGUACGUGCGGGGCCACUUCCAGGAACCAGCGUUCGGGAUGCUGACAGCCCCAUUGAAGGCUCCUCUCACCCGGCUGGAUGAGGAGCUGCGCCACGAGGCGCUGAGCCUGUUCCAGCUGAUCCUGCGGUUCAUGGGGGACCCAGCGCUGGGAGGCUCGCAGGAGACCCUCUUUGGCAACUACAUCGUGCAGAAGGGGCUGUCGGCGCCGGGGCUGCGGGACGAGCUCCUGGCCCAAGCGGCCAACCAGGUCUGGCGCAACACCAACGUCAACAACGAGGAGCGGGGCUGGCUGCUGCUGGCCGCCUGCCUCAGCGCCUUCCCCCCCUCGGCCGCCUUCGACAAGUACCUGCUCAAGUUCGUCUCUGACUACGCCUUCGCUGGCUACAAGCCGGUGUGCCAGCGCAAGCUGAUGCACGCCAUGGCCCGGUCCCAACUGGGCGCCGCGGCCGCCCGAGCCUUUCCCCCAUCACUGCUGGAGUGGACGGCGAACCGGCACCAAGCCAGCAUGGCGCUGGACCUGCACUGCUUCAAUGGUGACCAGUUCUCCUGCCCUGUGCACUCCUGGGCCACAGGCGAGGACCUGGCAGGGGAUGUCCUGAAGCACAGGGGGCUGGUGGAGGGCUGGCGUGGCUGGUCCGUGGCCAUGAAGGCUGGUGCCCAAUGGGCCGAGCUGGCUGGUCAUGACUAUGUCCUGGACCUCAUCUCCGACCUCGAGCUGCUCCGCGGCUUCCCCAAGCAGAAGUCCUGCUUCCUGGUGGCGUGGGAUGGAGCCGAGAGCCACGGCGGGGACAGCCGGGCGGUGUUGGGACACGGCUUGGAUUUGGAUGAAGUGCCCCCUCCUCCAGCUGUGAAAGCCCCAACGCUGCCAUCCACAGAGGUGUACCACCCCCAUGGAGAUGGGGAAUUCGGGGAGCCGCGCAGCCAGAAGGGUCUGGACCGGUACCUGGACAGCCUCUUCGACCCUGUGCUCUCCUAUGGCAAUGGGGAGCUGGAGAAGCCGGCUGCUGUCACACAGAGGAUGAAGGGAAGAGGUGGUGCAGGAGGAGGGGAUGGGGAUACCAAGCACAGCAGAUCCCCAGUGCCUGCAGAGACACAGCAGCCAAGAGGCACGGAGCCAGCCCCAUCCUCACAGCACCGGGCAGACGUCAACCAGACACCGGGCAGAGCAGCGGAUGGGACACCAUCCCGCCCCCCCCAGCCCCGGCCCUACAUGCAGAAAGCAGCCCCUGUGGGCCGGCGGUGGCCGGGAGAGCUGGUGCGGAAUUCCCGGCUCAACUCGGAGCACUUCCCGCGGCCCACACACGACAUCCGGAACAUCAUCCGGCAGUGCCAGCCGGCCCCACGGGGAUCCCAGCCCCACAGCAAGCUCUUUGGGAAGAAGCAGGACCCCCAUGAGGAAGCCAUGCAGAUCCUGAAGGAGCAGCUCUCAGCACCCCCAGUGCCAGUGGCUGCGGGGCCCAAGGAGGUGGUGGCCACGGUGAAGCCGGUCACCAGCAGCAGGUACCCACUGCGACCACCAACGAGGCGUGCAGUGGCCACCCGGUCCCCAGUCUUUGUGUCACGGGAGCUCCCAUCCGAGGCGCAGCAGGUCCAGACCCAGCUGCACCGGAGCUACAGCGAGGACUUCUACACCUACCACAACGUGCCCUGGAAAAUCUACAUGCGGAAGGAGGUUUUCUACCCCAAGGACAGCAUCAACAACCCAUUGCUGCUCGACCUCAUCUUCAGGCAGAUCUUCAAUGAUGUGCUCUCCAACACCUGCAUCCGACUCAGCCAGGAGGAGCGGCUCCGACUGAAAUCCCUCUUCGCGGAAAACAAACUGGACUCCUUCAGCCCCGUGGCCACUGAGAGCGUCAAGAGGGAGAUCAUCGCUGACGCCCGCGAUGCCUGCGAUGUCUAUUUCUCUCGCCUCUUCCCCGCCACGGGCAGCGUGGGGACGGGUGUGCAGAUCCUGGCUGUGUCCCACACUGGUGUCAAGCUGCUGCGGGUGGUGAAGGGCACCAAUGUGGCCGGGGAGCAGCUGAGGGUGCUGAGGGCAUACGGCUAUGCCGAUGUGCUGUUCGUGACCACCCCAUCCAGGAACAUGCUGGAGCUCAACCUGCGCAGUGAGAAGCUCAUCCUGUUCUCCCCCAAAGCCCCCCAGGUCAAGGCUAUGGUUGACCACUUCAUCACGGAGCUCAGGAAGGACUCCCAGUACGUGGUGGCUGUGAGGAGCUACAGCCCGGAGGACAAGGGCCAGCUCAGCUUCCACAAAGGGGACAUCAUCCACCUGCAGCCACUGAAGCAUCCUGAGAGAGACCACUACUACGGCUGCGUGGUCCGCAAGAAGGUGAUGUACCUGGAGGAGCUGAAGACGGGCACCCAGGACUUUGGGUGGAAGUUCGGUGCCAUCCACAGCAGGUCGGGUCUCUUCCCUGCUGAAUACGUCCAGCCCGUCGCAGCCCCGGACUUUGUCCAUUUGCCAGCGGAGAGGAAAGAGGAGCCCAGGGACAAGCAGGGCAAGGUGGUGGCUUCAGCAGCCGUGGCUGUGGCCGUGGCCUCCACCGCCGUGGCGCAGGAGCUGGACCGCAAAAGCGAGGCAUCCCCGGCCAGCACAGCAGAGGGGGACAGCAGCGAGAAGCUUGGUGUCAGCGCAGGGACCUGCCCCAUGCUGGCCUUUGCCAGGCAGUACUUCCGUGCAGCACGGCAUGGGGAGGCAAUGGAACCCUGUGGGAUGAAGGCCAAAAGGGAUGUGCCCAAUGUGCUGGAGAUGCUGACAUUCAGCAAGACCCCCAUCCAGGAGUCACUCAUUGAAUUUGUGGAUGGUAGCAUCAGCAAACUGGCCACGGAGGCGUUCCAAGCCGUGAUGAAGUUCAUGGGCGACCACCCCCUGCGAGGGCAGACGGAGCUGGACAGCGUCUGCACCAUCCUCAGGCUCUGUGCAGAGCACGAGGUCCUGCGGGAUGAGAUCUACUGCCAGGUUGUGAAGCAGAUCACCAACAACAGCAGCUCCAAGCCGGAUAGCUGCCAGAAGGGCUGGAGGCUGCUCUACAUCCUCGCUGCUUACUACAAGUGCUCCGAGGUGCUCAGGCCCUUCCUGCUGGCCUUCCUGCAGGAUGCUAGCAGGCACCCGGAGCUGCCGUUCCAUGGCAUCGCCAAAGCCUGCGAGCUGAACCUGCAGAAGACCCUGCAGUUUGGUGGCCGCAGCCUCUUCCCCAGCAGCACGGAGCUCAGGGCCAUGGUGGCUGGACGCAGUGCCAAGCGCCAGCUCUUCCUCCUGCCUGGUGGCAUUGAGAGGCACCUCAAGAUCAAGACGUGCUCGGUGGCUCUGGAUGUGAUCGAGGAGCUGUGCUGUGAGAUGGGGCUGCAGCACCCAGAGGCUUUUGAGGAGUACAUCCUCUUCGUGGUGACCGACAGAGGGCAGAGCGUGCGGCCGCUGACCCGCCGGGAAUACGUGCUGGAUGUGGCCGCCGAGACGGAGCGCCGGGACUCCAGCUACACCUUCUGGUGCCGCCGCGUGGUCUGGGGGCAGCCCCUCAAGUUUGACAACGAGCUCUAUGUCACCGUGCACUACAACCAGGUCCUCCCUGACUACCUCAAGGGGCUGUUCACUGUCCUGCCGCCCGCCAGGCCGGGGGAGCAGCACUUCCCACACGUGGCCAAGCUGGCCGCUCUCCAGCACCGAGCCAAGGACCACCAUCACCUCCCCACUGCGCGGGAGGUGCAGGAUUAUGUCCCACCACAGCUCUUUCGCCUGCUGAAGCCUCAAUCCUGGCUCCAUAUGGUGACCCAGCACAUGCAGCAAGCGCAGGCGCUCAGCGCCCACCAGGCCAGGGCACAGUUCCUGGGGCUGCUGAGCGCCUACCCCAUGUUCGGCUCAUCCUUCUUCUACAUCCAGAGCUGCAGCAACAACGCCAUCGUCUCCCCCUGCAUCCUGGCCGUCAACCAGAACGGCCUCAACUUCCUCAGCAAGGAGACCCACGAGCCCAUCGCCAAGUUCUCACUGAAGGAGAUCCAAUCCACACGGACACAGCGCCCGACGGCCGGGUCCAGCUACCCCUAUGUGGAGAUCACCCUGGGCGACCUCCAGGCGCAGGGCAUCACCCAGCUGCAGCUGGAGCAGGGCCUGGAGCUGUGCCGAGUGGUGGCCGCGCACAUGGAGAGGUUGUUGGGAGCACGGGAGAAGAGGCUGACGCUGCCGCCCAGUGAGAUCACCCUGCUCUGAGCACGCCAUGGA